UGUGAGUGUAUUUUGUUGAGAAGAGAUGGGUCUUGUGCGAUCUUCAAUACAACUAAAAACACUUUUAAUAAAGACGGAAUUUGUGUUGAAAUAGAACAUGCGGAAGUGAUCAAUCAAAAGAGUGUUGUUUCGUGUAACAGUGGAUAUCACACAAAUACAACAACAUGCAUCAAACGUGGAGAUGUGUACCCAAACACUUUAAUUUGUGAAUACCAAAAGUCGACAAAAUGUGACUCGUUAAGUGAAAUGAACACCAACAAAACAUGUGAGUUGACCAAUUGCGAACAUCCAAAUGACUUGAAUGGAAAAUGUACAACCGAGUUGUUAAAUUGUCAAAGUGUUUUAAACGCCAAAUGUGUUGAAUGUCCAAAUAAAAUGCUUUUAAAUGGUGAAACAUGUGUUUUAAAUGAUGAUGAAAAGUGUAUUAAAACGUACACGAGUGGCUGUGCUAGAUGCGGAUUUGGGUUUUAUUAUAAUUUAAUAACACAAAGAUGUGAAACAUGUGACUCAAAUUGUGAGACGUGUUAUUAUAAUUCGACGUUCUGUAUGAGUUGUCGAAGUGGUACAUUUUUGAGUGAACACGAUUGCAUUACAAAUGAAGACUUAAGAGACAUUUGUAUGCAAUUUGUACCAUCUGGAGGGUGUGUAAAGUGUGUAAAUGGGUAUUACAGAAACGGACUUUCUUGUGAUAAAUGUGAUGUAAAAUGUGAGAGUUGCUACAACACUCAAAAGUGUCUCACUUGUAACACUACAAAUUACAUGACGAUUAAUAACGAUUGUAAGCCACAAAAUUGA